AUGGAGCGUGUAAUGAGACUUUUUCAAUUAAUGUGUGUCACAUACUAUGCUCAGGUUUCUGCAAUCAAAAGUUAUGCUAAUGUAAAUGAUAUUGUGCAGUCUCCAACAUUAUUUUUACAACUUAAGGAAACAGCCAAACUGACCUGCAGUCACACAAAAGGUGCUACCUACAACAGAAUGUACUGGUUCCUACAGUACCAUGGAGAAACUAUGGAGUUCAUAGUAUAUACAACCAGCUUUGGCACAGUGGAAUAUGGAAAACUCAACAAAACUAAAGAUUUAGUGACUCACGGGGCUGCUGAGAAGGGUUCUCUAACUAGGAAAUCUUCAAUUGCCUAUUCUUUUCUGGCACUGGCAUUAUGUGCAGUCAUCACUCAGCUCAGCACAGUCAUCAGGCUAAACAUGAGACAAUUUAUAAUUAGAGAGACUCUUAUCACUAUAAUUUUUUCUCUGUUUCGGUCCAAGGGUUUUACACAGAGUGACAAAGUUCUCCAGAUGCCUCGUGACAUGAUUGUGAAUCUCAAGGAUUCUCCAAAGCUACAAUGUUCCCAUAGCAUCUCGAACUAUAAUCGUAUUCUGUGGUAUAAACAAACCCAGGACAAACAGCUUUUGCUCUUGGGAUAUCUCACAGGUUCACAGCCUCAGUUAGAGCCAGAAUUUACAAACAAGUUUGACCUAAAGGGUGAUGGAAACAGUAAGGGCACGUUUACUAUUGAAAGACUUCAGUCAAAUGAUACUGCCACAUAUUUCUGUGCAGCAUCUACACAGUGUUGA